AAGACAACGACAAGUUGAGAGGAGAGGCAGUAAUGAACGAGGAGAAAGCACAGACAUUCCUGGACACUGUUCAAAUGAAUCCCUCAGAUAUUAGUCGUCUCUUUUGGUCCUUCGUCACCCUUCUGACAGCUGCUUGCCAGAGUCCAGAUGAAUGCCAAAGAGGAGACUUUAAGAGAGGAGUAUGCCGGUCUCAUCCAGUGUCCCUCACACUGGGACAGCAGUGCUCCCUCCAGGAUCCGAUGAUUACUGGGCAGCUGAGCAAGCCGCUGCUCUCCCUGCGCAGCGACAUGAGCGCGGCAGAACUCCGGGCGGACGACAAAGCGGCCAGCCCAGACAGCGAUCUGAACGACGAGCCCCUGCUCCUGCCCUCCGAGGCCACGGACAGAGAGGGCACUCCCAGCAAGCUGUACGGAGUUCGUGAUGGUUCGGUCCAGUCUGACGCCAGCAGCAGUCCUUCUGAGCAGAGCCAACUGGGCCAGUCCCACCCAGGUUUCCCAAUGGGUCCACAGUCUCUCCUUGUGGCCCAGCAGCUGGCCAACGCAGUAGGCGGCGUGAUGUCCGGUGCGGCACCAGGCAUGAACCAGCCCAUCCUCAUACCCUUCAACGCAGGCGGACACCUGGGCGGGCAGCAGGGCCUCGUUCUCUCUCUGCCCACAGCCAACAUCCAGAGCCUGGUGGCUGCUGCUGCUGCAGGGGGCAUCAUGACGCUCCCCCUCCAGAACCUGCAAGCUACCUCAUCACUGAACUCCCAGCUCCAACACCUGCAGCAGCUCCAACAGAUGCAGCAGCACCACCACCAGCAGCAGCAACAGCAGCAGCAGCAGCAGCAGCAGCAACACCAUCACCAACAGACCCACCCCAACACCCAGAACCAGCUGCCAUCUCAGCAUCACAUGACCCCGCCCAGCCAGCAGCAUACCUCGGUCCCAUCUCCAGGCUCUACCUGCUCCUCCACCUCUGGACAGCCACAGCAGUCUCCGCCCCACCGGCCCAACCAGUCGCCAGCCCGCAGCCUUCCUUCGCCCGUCACCCCACCCAUGCCUUUGCCACUGAAUCCACUGGCCAGCCAGGCGGCGGUAGCAGCGGCAGCAGCCAUGGGAUCCAUCGCCGGUUCUCAGGUGUUUGGAAACACCUUGUCAAACCUGCAAGGAGCCACCGGGCAGCUGGUCACCAACGCACAGGGACAGAUAAUUGGAACAAUCCCACUGAUGCCCAACUCUGCAGGGCCCUCCAGCCAAUCAGGGGGUGGCAACCCAGCACUGCAGGUACAGCCAAUUACACCUCAGCUUCUGACCAACGCUCAAGGCCAGAUCAUCGCCACGGUGAUCGGCAAUCAGAUCCUGCCUGUCAUCAACACCCAGGGAAUCACGCUGUCACCAAUCAAGCCUGGACAGCAGCAGCAGGGUCAGACAGGCCCCACAUCAUCUCAGCCCAACCUGCUCCACAUGCCCCACAGACAGAGUCCUCUCCACCAGGCAUCUUCCUCCUCCUCCACCUCCUCCUCUUCCUCGGCUCUCAGCGUGGGGCAGCUGGUCAGCAACCCGCAGACCGCCCCCAGCGAGGUGGACGGGGUCAACCUGGAGGAGAUUCGUGAAUUCGCCAAAGCAUUCAAGAUCCGCCGGCUGUCCCUGGGCCUGACACAGACUCAGGUCGGCCAGGCACUCAGCGCCGCUGAGGGGCCGGCGUACAGCCAGUCUGCCAUCUGCAGACACACCAUCCUGAGAAGCCACUUUUUCCUACCACAGGAAGCCCAAGAGAACACUAUAGGUAGCAGUCUGACAGGCAAACUGAACCCUGGCCUUUUAUAUCCUGCCAGGUUUGAGAAGUUGGACAUCACCCCUAAAAGCGCCCAGAAGAUUAAGCCCGUUCUGGAGCGCUGGAUGGCCGAGGCUGAGGCCCGCCACCGAUCCGGCAUGCAGAACCUGACUGAGUUUAUCGGCAGCGAGCCUUCCAAAAAACGCAAGCGGAGGACCUCUUUCACCCCGCAGGCGCUCGAGAUCCUCAACAGCCACUUUGAGAAGAACACACACCCCUCCGGACAGGAAAUGACGGAAAUAGCGGAGAAACUGAACUAUGACAGGGAGGUGGUGCGUGUCUGGUUCUGCAACAAGAGGCAAGCCUUGAAAAACACAAUAAAGCGUUUGAAACAGCCCGACAUCGGCCCAACUGCUCCAAUGGACCCUCUUACUGAUUCUCUAGAGGAGCUCCCGAAAUGAACGAGCAAAAACCGUGGAGUGGAAAAGUGGCAACCAUUAAAAACAACAAAGGUGGAUGAACUCAUCUCGAAAUGAGAACUGAAAAAUGUUCCCAAGUCACCUGGAUGGAAAAGUCAUGAGUUUGCAAACAAAAACUAUGUGUUGUCAGUGUGAUUACCACAGCUAUGUAAAUGACCUUGGCGAAACCAAAAACAUGAAAAAAGAGAUUAAUAUCUGAGAAUUAUGUAAAAACAUACGGUGUGCUGUUUCAAAGAGUUUUAGAUCCUGGCCUUACAGACCAGACUAUUGCCCAAAUUUUGGUUCCCACGAGGAGGGAUUUAGUAAAGAGAUCAUACCAAAUCAAAACACUAUUUACCAAAGUCUGUUGCAUCUGAGUACUAAGAAUAAUUUUGUAAUGUAAAUGUGCUCUAAAUUUUUACAUUUGUACUGGCAAAUCUGAGCUAUAUGUGUGAGGUCGAGUAUACAUUUUAUCUUUGUCUCGCUUACUUUUUUCUUCAUUGUUUGUAUGUAAAUAUCUUUGAAAAAAAGGAAAAUGCUGUCUUUGAAUUGAAAUCUCACUGAUAAAGUUCACUUUUGGACAAAAAAAAUGUACCUUUGCUGUUAAACAAUUGCGUAAUAAUGUUGUUUGCCUCUGAUCUCUGAUUUGUGUUUCAUCUGCAGAUAUUUUCAGUCACAGUGUAACUUUGUACAACUUUUACAGGUAUUUAUUAAUAAUCUCAUGAGAUUGUUUCAGAGGACGGACGGAGGGAGAGUAAACUAAGGACUUUCACAUGAUGAGGAGGAGGAAGAGGGGUUUCAGUGUCUGUCAAGUCUACUGCAGCUUUGUUUUGAGCUACUGUGUCAUUCUGUUGCCAAAGCCUGAUAGCCAAAGAACACAUAAAUUACAGCUCAAGGACUGGUGAAGAUUUUACAUUUUUAUUUAUUUUUAUUCACAUGGCUUUUCUCCCAUAUUUUUUCUAAAGUGUUUCACUCUGUGGGUCUAGUUUAAUACACACAAAAAACACUUACCAUGUCAAACAGAUGCAACAGUGUCUGCUUUAAUUCAUUAUCGUGACAAUUUAGAAAAUGUGUUGGAUGAAAUUUGUUUCAGUAAAUCUGCUUCUGCAUGCUUCAACUCAAACCACAUGAAGACGGAUUAUUUGCAACCUUGGGUAUGAUAAAUUUCACCAGGCAACUCAAAAUUAACAUUAUUACCUGAAUGUUGCCACAAUCACUGACAAAUAACCCUUUGAUUUCACCCUAAAAUAAACAUGUGGUUGAAGCCUGUUUGUAGCCUCUGACCAAACUACUGAGCUCAGUCCAGUUUAGCUGUUUUUAUAACAAAUUAUUCAACUCAAAUCUGCUGUUCUGCAAAGAUUAAUGUUGCCUCUUUUGUCCACUCAGCUAAGUGAAGGUUUACAGAUGUUUAAAUCAACCAUUUUAACUAUGAAAUGAUUAUCAAAUGAUCUUAAUAUUUCAUGUAUUUGUGGUUUGUUUGUUUGUUUUAUCAAAAUGUACAUGGGUAGAAGUAAUAUCAGUCCACUGAUGAUGAAUUUUUUCUCCAUCACUCUACAUUUCAUUUUACACGGUAUUACCUUUUGAGAAAUGUCAAAAUCCAGGCGAGAACCUCCCUGACCGUCACUACAAAUAUUUGGCUUUCACAAAAACCCUCACAGGAAAAUAAAAAUAAAAAAGAGGUGAAUGUUGA